AUGGUUUCCUCCAUCGCAGUUGCAGACGCCACAAAGAUGGAGCUUGAACCCAAGGAAUCAUCAUUAUCUGCUGACAUGCCAUCGUUGCUGAGUAGAUCAUCUGGAACUUUUAAUGGAGGCAGUGGUUAUCGUGAUCUGAGCAUGUUCUCAAGCUCAUUGCCUACACUUUUCCAUGAAAAACUGAACAUGACUGAUUCAGAUAGCUGGCUCUCGCUUGAUGAUAACAUCUCACCAAAUCUGAACAAACUCGCCAUAGGAAACUCAGAGAAGGACUCUUCGGAAGAUGUUGAGCCAGAUUCUUUAGAGAUCUUGCUUCCAGAGGAUGAGAACGAGCUCCUUCCUGGCCUCAUUGACGAGCUUAACUUCAACGGCCUCCCUGAUGAGCUUGAAGAUCUCGAAGACUGUGAUGUCUUCUGCACCGGAGGUGGUAUGGAACUUGAUGUUGAAUCCCAAGAUGCGUCAGGGAUGCAGAUGUCUGCUGCGAACGCGUUUGUUCCUCGUAAACGUCCCAACACUACGGCUGGAAGAGUUUCAGUAGAGCAUCCGAACGGUGAACAUCCUUCAAGGACGUUGUUUGUGAGGAAUAUCAACAGCAGUGUUGAGGAUUCUGAGUUAAGCGCUCUUUUUGAGCCGUUUGGGGAGAUCAGGAGUUUGUACACUGCAUGCAAAAGCAGGGGUUUUGUGAUGAUAUCUUACUAUGACAUUAGAGCUGCUCAUGCUGCAAUGCGUGCACUACAGAACACUCUCUUGAGGAAAAGGACACUGGACAUUCACUUUUCCAUACCUAAAGAAAACCCGUCAGAGAAGGAUAUGAAUCAAGGAACGCUUGUGAUUUUCAAUGUGGACACAACAGUAUCCAACGAUGAGCUCCUUCAGCUGUUCGGUGCCUAUGGUGAAAUCAGAGAGAUUAGAGAAACUCCGAACAGGCGAUUCCACAGGUUCAUAGAGUAUUAUGAUGUUAGAGAUGCAGAGACAGCCCUGAAAGCACUGAAUAGAAGCGAGAUAGGUGGAAAAUGUAUAAAGCUAGAACUUAGCCGUCCUGGAGGCGUCCGUCGAAUCUCGGUGCCAUCAGCAAAUCAAGAAUUGGACAGUACCAAUUUCUUCAGUCAAGUAGGCUCACAGGUUGCCAAUUCUCCACCAGGUAACUGGCCAAUUAGCAGUCCAGUGAAGGGCUCUCCUUUGAAUGCUUUUCCGAGGCCACAUGGUUUAGGAAUCGUCAGGCCGGUUAACCAAGAUAAUACACCGGGACUGGCUUCGAUUCUCCCUGCUUAUCCUUCUAGCUUUCAAGGGUUUUCUCCGGUCAGUAACGAGCAAGGGCUACUGAAUCAUCCAAACCAAACAAUUCUGAACAGAGGAUUGAUGCACAACGUUGCCUAUGGUCAACCUCAUUCCUUGCCAGAGCACUUAGCAGGUGGAAUCUCCAACGCCAUGAGGUUUAUUCCUCCACGCUCUUCAGGGUUUGGGACUUCGUCUGAUAACCGCCUUCGCUGGGGAAGCCCUCCUCAGCAUAUGAACUAUCCUGGUUACACUGGAGCAGCCUCGUCGUCUUCAUCACCAUCUAAUGUCAGGCAUGGUUUUCCAUUUGCUGAGAGGCAAGGUUCGUUGCUUGGCAAAUACCAGCAUCAUGUGGGCUCUGCUCCUUCAAGCGUUCAUUUUAAUACCUACCAGGGAUCAACAGAGACAUCUUCUUCCCUGAUACCUUUUGGAUUCAACGACAUGGGAAUCAACAAAAGCUACAUCAAUGCUCCUCAUGGAAAAGCAAGCCUUGGUGUGAGUAGUCUACCGGGAAACCAUAAUGAACGGGGAUUCACUGGAUUUGACAUGCCUACAGUUGCUUUUGGUGGGAGUAGAGGAUUGCAGUCAGCAAGAUAUGAACCUUUUACUGAGGAGAACCUUCAAACUCAGAGUCGGAAUCAACUGGUUGAUGGUGGACGGUAUCAUAUUGACUUGGAUAGGAUUAUUACUGGAGAUGAUAUCAGGACUACAUUAAUCAUUAAGAACAUCCCAAACAAGUAUACUUAUAAGAUGCUGGUGGCUGAAAUUGACGAGAAGCAUAAGGGAGACUAUGACUUCCUCUGUUUACCUAUAGACUUUAAGAAUAAGUGCAACAUUGGUCAUGCUUUUGUCAAUAUGGUCUCUCCAUUGCACAUCGUUCCCUUCCAACAGACCUUCAGUGGUAAAAUAUGGGAGAAAUUCAACAGUGGGAAAGUUGCUUCAUUGGCAUAUGCAGAGAUCCAAGGAAAAUCUGCUCUUGCCUCACACAUGCAGAAUCCAGAAGUCUCUCACCAUGAUGAGGGUCAAGACCUCGGUGAUCAGGAUCAACUUUUUUCAAGCAUUUGGAACAGAACCACGCCUGAUACAGAUUGGUCUUAUGAUCUUAUGGAUAAUCCGAGGGAAAACCUUAACUCCAAGAACAUUUCAGAAGAGUCUUCUUAA